AUGUCAACAACAGCAACCGAUGAUACAUACGCACUACAACACAAUGACGACGUAGACUCAGUCCGUAAACGCUAUGAAAGCAUGUCGCUCGACGAAAUGUCCAAUCAGUUGGCCGAGAACUAUCGACAGCUCUCCGAGAUGCUCGGCAAUCGAGUCAGCAUGAAUGGUGGUGCUGCAGCACCUCUUUCGUUAUCGCCUUCUUCUUCCAACAGCUCAUUCAAUGAAGAGCAAAGCCCUAUCGACAAUGACGAUGCUACGGCGACGUUUGACUUGAAUGACCUGGACGACGAUGAAAGCAAACGACGCAAGAUGAACAAGUUGUUUUCACGCGCUGUAUCGAGUGGACAGAUCGAACGAGUUACACAAUUACUAAACGAUCCAGCCUAUCGCGCAUACAUUGAUAUCAAUGCCAAAGACGAAGAUGGCACCACACCCCUUAUCUACGCUGCUUGUUUCGGCAAAGUCGAGAUUGCAGAAGCAUUGCUUCAAGCAGGAGCAAAAACAGAUAUCCAAGAUGCUUCUGGCUGGUCAGCACUCAUGUGGGCAACAACCAAUCACCAUGGCAACCUAGUGAGAGUAUUGAUGGAUUAUGGUGCAUCCGCUCAAACACGUACAGCCAAAGGCCGCACCGUAUUCGAUUAUGCCGGCAGUGAUGAAAAGAUGGUAGAGAUCUUGGCCACCAAUCCACGCAACAGCAUGUCAUCAUCCGUCAUUUCCAGCGAUUGUGAGGAUUAUUAUUACGACGAUACAUUUAUGCAACGUGAGGAUGAACGUCGACGCAACUUGCUUGAAACGGCUGUUGCUCUCAUUGGUGGAUCAUCAUCAUCUCAUGAAACGGAUGCGGAUACCGACAAUGACGACGACGAGGAUAAUGAUGAUGAAACAACAGUUGAAUUCCAAUGGGAUCGUUGUCUACCUGAUCAAAUGUUUGUGUUUGGUGGAGAUAGCCUUGAACACAUCCUCGAUACAGUCAUCACCCAUAUCAAGCUACCUUUGGAACUUCAACAAGAUAUCAAUGUCCCUGCCAAUGUCAUCUUUUUGAGCGCACGUUUUGCACAUUACUUUUCAAGUCAAGAACUUUUGAACCAAGUGAUGGAUGGUGCAUUGAAUCGAUUGAGCACAGUGAUCAAGGAGAAUGAAAGCGAUGUUCAUGCACUUGCAUUUUGGUUAUCCAAUCAAUCACAGCUUUUGGCGUACCUCAAGCGAGACUCGGGUCUUGUAGUGAGCACAGCUGAAUACCAAUUACGCCUUUCGGAGAUGAUCUCAGAGACCUACAUGAGCUUGGUAUCGGAUACGCAACGACGAUUGACCAAGGUGCUUGGACCUGCCAUGUUGGAGCAUGAACAAGUUCCAGGCAUGGAAGAUGUGGAUUUUGUGGAUGAUUGGCAACGCUUUUUCCGCCGUAGCAGCAAUCGCCGAUCGGCCCUUAUGCAACAAAGCAGCGUAUCCAUGCGACGCCAUGCCAGCUUACCACCACGCUACAAAUCAACCGGUGUUUUACUCCCACAAUCCGUUACCAGCAUUCUUUCAACGACAUUUUACGUGCUUCAAAAAUACCAAGUCCAUCCUACGAUCAUCAUUCAGGCAUUGGCUCAAUUCCUUCACUGCAUCUCUUGCGAAGUUUUCAACCGAAUUCUCACCAACAAAAAACACCUUUCACGAUCAAAGGCACUUCAAAUUCGUAUGAAUCUCUCGUAUGUUGAAGAUUGGGUGCGUCACAAUCGCCUUCCCACCAGCCUCCUUUCCUAUCUCUCUCCCUCAACACAGCUUUUGCAAUUAUUGCAAUGUCUUUCUCAACUGCAAGAUUUCGAAAGUUUCAUCAUGACCUUCCAGCACUUUGAUCAAUUGAACGCUUUACAAGUGAAACGCUGCGUCGUCAAUUAUCGUUAUGAAGUCAACGAACAGCGCCUACCGGAUGAAAUUGAACAAUACAUUGUGCAGCUGGCUCACGACACCAUUCGAUAUCGCGAAAAGCAACGUCAACAACAAAAACAACAAAAAUCCAUCGAAGAUGAAAUUCACGAGACACUGGAUGCUCGAUUUAUGCUCCCCUUUUCUUUACCCACAACUGCCAAACCCGUUGGUGUCCAUUCACGAUGGUGUGAUGCGGCCAACAAAGAUCGUAAAGAUCCUGUACCUAUGAUUCCAGACGCAUGGAUGGAGAAAUUAGACUAUGACGACGAUGAUAGAUUGUAA